CCAGAACUCGCUCUCAAAACACCGUAGACAAAUUACAUUUCCAAAUUCAUAUCCUUCGUCAACAAAUACUGAAUACUGACCAUUCCAUUCCAGAUUUCCAUCUAAUAAAUAAACCCAUUUCUUCCAUUUCCCUCAAUUUUAUAUUCCUCCCCACGUCCUCCAUUGGAAGAUCCCUCGAAAUUCUACAGCAUUUUCCUCUCCUGCACAGAAGAAAGCCCACAAAACUUCAAAAUCCCGAGACCCAUCUCUCAGAUUUCCAGAUUCGCAGCUUCUUCAGCGCCAUUUUUGUUCUCUUAACUUCAGGGAGCUUUGACUCUGUUUUGAGCUGUGGGCAAUUCAGGGUUUGAGCUUAAUCCGUUGAAGUCUUUUGUUGAUUGUUGUUCUGUUGGGCUGUGUUGGUUUUGUUGAUUGGGGAAUAUGGGGGAGUGUGGGUGUUUGGUUUCAGAGCUUGGAGGAGAGAAACAGCUCAUUGCUGCUGCUAAUUUCAUUAUUAAGGCUUUAGGUUCUGACAUAACCAUUUCAGAUGAUGCAAAGAAGGUUUUGGCCGAUCUUUGCACAGAGUUAUCUUUAGUUGUUUCACGGAAUCAGCGAGCCGAUGUUGUCGAAAUCGAAGUCGAGGGGACGGAGAUUGGGGAAGUUGAAGAGAUUGAGAGUAGGCUUAAAGUAGUGCAGGAGAAAAUCAUGGUUUGGGAAGCAGAUCAGUCCAUGAUAUGGGACUCUGCUGCUCCGGAUGAUGCUUCGGAGUAUCUGAACGCUGCAGAUGAAGCCCGGGAAUUGGUUAGCAAGUUGGAGGGUUUGUGUUUGAGUAAAGAUGAAGGAGAUUUUGAACUGUCGAGGAAGGCGCACGAUGUUCUUCAAACGGCUAUGGCAAGGCUUGAGGAAGAGUUUAGGCACUUGCUUGCUAGAAGUAGCCUUGAAUUUCAGCUUGAGAGUGUGUCUGUGCACUCCACGGAAGAUGCUGUGGAUGAUGGAUCGACACACUUAUAUCGAGAUGAAUCGUUUGAGGCUUCGGUUCGGAGUAGUAGUGUUGGCAGAAACUUGGAGAAUUCUAUCAUCGAUUUGGUCAACCCAGAUGCGGUUUGUGAGCUCAUGGGCAUAGCAAAUGUCAUGUUCAAGUCUGGUUAUGAUCAGGAGUGCAUCCAGGCUUACAAUCAUCUUCGUCGGGACGCUUUAAAUGAGUGCCUCUUGACUCUUGAAAUGGAGAAAAUGAGCAUUGAGGAUGUGCUGAAAAUGGAUUGGGUUACCUUGAACUCGAAGAUCAGGAAAUGGAACCGAGCAAUGAAGCGAUUCGUGCGGGUCUAUCUACCUAGCGAAAAAUGCCUUUGUGAUCAAAUUUUUGGGGAGGAAGGAUCGGUUAGUUUGACUUGUUUUGUUGAAUCAUCAAAGGCAUCAAUGCUGCAAUUUCUGAACUUUGGCGAGGCCAUGGCCAUAGGCCCUCAUACACCAGAAAAAUUGAAUCGCAUUCUCGAAAUGUAUGAGGUCGUUGAAGAGCUUCUCUCGGAUAUCGAUGCGUUAUACUGUGAUGAAGUUGGUUAUCAUGUUAGGAUUGAGUAUCAUGAUGUUCAAAAGAGUCUAGGACAUUCUGUGAGAGCUACAUUUCUCGAGUUCGGGAAAGCUAUUGCGGCAAACACGUCACCGCACCCGUUUGCAGGCGGUGGAAUCCAUCAUCUAACCAAAUACGUGAUGAAUUACCUUAUGAUUCUUACUGAUUAUAGCGAAUCCCUGAAUUUUCUCCUCAAGGAUGGAGAAGAUAUGUAUCCCAUUUCACCAUCAUGCUCUAUGAAUUCAAGUAGAGAAAGAGAAGAAGAAAGCGAAAGCAGAGGUUCGUGUUCAGGCGAGUUCUCCCCGAUGGCUCGCCAUUUUCGUUCGGUUGCUACAAUUCUAGAGAAUAACCUCGAGGAGAAGUCGAAGCAGUACAAAGAUGCUGCUCUACAGCAAUUCUUCUUGAUGAACAACAUACAUUACAUGGCUCAAAAGGUGAGGGGUUCGGAGCUUAGCCAGAUAUUCGGGGAGGAUUGGAUUCGUAAACACUACGGGAAGUUCCAGCAGCAGGCGAUGAACUACGAGAGGGCUAGUUGGAAUUCAAUACUCUCAUACCUUCGGGAGGAUCCCGGUUCUAAUUCGGAGUCGAAAAACGUGCUGAAAGAGAGGUUGCGCAGCUUCAAUGUUGCUUUCGAGGAGAUUUACAAAACCCAAACCUCGUGGAUCAUUCACGACUCUCGGCUUCGUGAAGAUCUGCGGAUCUCGACGUCGCUGAGGGUGAUCCAUGCAUAUAGAGCAUUCUUUGGAAGGUGUAAUAACCAUGUAAGUGACAAGCUUAUCAAGUACAGUCCAGAUGAUUUGGAGGGUUACCUUCUUGAUCUCUUUGAGGGAUCUCCAAAAUCAUUGCCCAACACCAAUAGGAGGUGAUUCUUCCAAAAUGGCCUAUUCACACUACUCAUUCAUCCUUGUAAUUUUUCCUUCCAUCUUAUUAUAAUAAACUUUUCAAUAUAACACGAGAACUCAGUUAUCGUGGUCAUCCAACUUAGUACUAUCAUCGACCUUGCAUAGUUUUAUCAUUAA